AUGCAAACUGUAUUCAAAACUGUGGCAUUUGCUGUCAUCCUUCUUACAUUUCUCAUCACCUCUUGUGCUGCCUCUGUAAAGAUUUUAACAUCAACAACAAGAAUCAAGCCAGAUCAAAUCAUGGAGAUUGAUAUUAAUCGUUCUGGCUAUGUUGAUCAAGUCAUUCCAUUCAGUAUGAAACAACAGGAAGGUUACUUUAUUGUUGCAAGUGGUCCGAAUCAAAUUCACAGUGUAGAUUCGUCCAAUCAUGUGGAUUCCUUCAUGUUGAAUAUUGCAAUGAGCUCUAAAUGGAUGACAAUGGGAGUUGUUGAGACAUGUGUUGGUGGUUUAUUCACACCACAAUACAAUUUGUUGAAUCUUGUUUAUUCUGGUGAGGAAUUGGGCAAAUCAUAUAUUGUUCAAGUCAACUUGAAGAAUUUAACACAAAUUGUUGAGGUGAUUUCACUUGGAGCUAACAGUCAAGUAAUUGAUGUUCACGAAAAUCGUGAAUUAAGUGUUUUGCACAUUCUUGUAAAGAAGGCUCAAUCUCUUUCACUUUUCACAUUCGAUCCAAAGAAUAAUUUACUGAGAGAGCAAGGUUAUCCAUUGAUGACCACUGGAAAAGUAGCAUUCAUGAAAGAUACAGGUAUUUUUGUUGGUAUUGGAAACUCAACCUAUUCACAUUUGUUGUUGGUUGACCCGUAUUCAUUGAAAAUCAUUGAUGGACAAGAUUUGGAUUCUUUUGGAAUUUUCAAUAUCCAAUCAUUGAGCUGCUUCAAUUCAAUGAUUAGUAUUGUCUACUCCAAGUUUGCAACUCGUAAUAUCGUUUAUCGUUAUGAAGCUGCCUCAAAAGCUCUCUACUCCAUGGGUGGAUUAUUCUAUGCAACAAUUAAGAGAUUUUCCAAUUGUGAAAUGUUCAGCGAUCAAGCAAAGGUUGUUUGUGUGAAUAAUAAUAGAGAAAUUGUGAAAGUUCCAAUAUCGUCGAAUGAGGAAACAAAUUAUUAUCCAAUAGAAUCUGCUGAGAAUGAUUUGUCUAAGGCUUUUACUCAGAUGGAUGAUGAAGGUCAAUUGUUGCUCUAUAUUCCACAAAAUUAUGCAACUGAUGAUGGCUCAUUUAGAAUUGCUGUUUAUAAUUAUGCUAAAUUUGAAUAA